CCCGCUCCCUUCUCCAGACACACUCAUUGCUAAUACCUGGGACUGUGCAAUGUUCCCCUUAGACCACAAUAUGUCUGAGUUCAGAAAGCACACUGUCUGCUGAGGGAAUCUUACCUGACCUCCACAGGUCUGGAGCACCUGCUGCAAAAUCUGGACUUAUUUAAGCAAACACUAAGGCUCCAGGUGAGUGAUCCACAAUACUUUUGCUCCUGUCGCAGGCAUCAAAUUGAUGCCCAUUCUAGUGCUGAUGGAGCUGCCAUUUGUGAUGUCAGCUGGUGAUGUCACAAUAUCAAGGACAUCAGCAAUCCAGCCAGAUGCUUUCCACCACCUCAGGAGCUCUCAUCCAGGAGAAGAGCUUGCUCCAUGCACCACCCUUGAGAGGACAAUGGAGAACUUCUCCCUGCUCACCAUUUCUGGACCAUGUCUACCCAGCUGCACUAUGAAGAGCACUCCUGAUCUACCAUCCCUCAGGGGCACCUCCAGCCUGCCAGCUUGUGUCCUCACCAAAGUCCACAGCAAUGAGUCACCAGGGCGUAACUGCAUCAUCUACCGGCCCUGGUUUUCCCCAUACAGCUACUUAGUGGACAUGGACAAAACAGGCCAGCUGGGAGCCUGCAGCUUUCCAGAUGCACUGGCAGUCAGUGACUGGGACACUGACCAAUCUGAGGACCUCCCAGAGAGCAUCUCCUCCUCCUCAUGCUCCCUGGAGAAGACUUAUCUCCACAAGAGCAACAGGAAAACCAGUUCUGGCUGGGAAGCCCGAAACAGCAUCACCUCCCGGGACAUCCUCACAGCUUCAAAGUGGCAGCCGUUGCCUCACAAUGGCUACAAAUGUGUGGCAUGCUGCCGUGUGUUCCCCACCCUGCAUGCCCUCAAGACUCACAUCAAGUGCAGCUUCAAGGAGGGCUUCAGCUGCAAGGUGUAUUACCACAAGCUCAAAGCCCUGUGGGAGAAGGAGCGCAAGGCCCGACCUGAUGAUGGGCUACCCUUCAACACCACCAAAAUGCCCAAGUGACCCAGACCAGCUUGGGUGCCCUGUCUCUACUGUUACCAUUGUGGAGACAGCACAACGCACUUCAUUCCCUAUUACAGAACCAGAAUAAAUCAGAUUAUUAGGAGCAGCUGUUUUUAAUCUGCUGAUGACUUUUCCUGCUUGGGAGAAGGCAGCUUCCAAAGGUAUGAACACCCCAUCCAGACAAGACUCAUGCCUAUGGGUUGGUUGUCUGCAGCUCCUACAUGGUCACAGAAGCCAUGGCCAUCAUGCUGGGAUCAGUCUCCUCCCACCCUUGCCAAGUCAUAGUCUCUACUGUCCAACAGGGUCACCAUAGUCAGCCCAGCAGAGUCCCCUCUCUGCUUCACUAAUCAGAGCUGCACCCUUCCCCCAGGCUAGUAAGAGAUUCCUAUCACCAAUCUUCAACAUUUUAGAGAUUUCAGAAAAUAUAAGAGUAAGUCAAAAGCUACCUUAGGUCUAAAAGGAGAAUAUUGAAAGCCACUGCCUGUGUGCGACUGCCAUACAACUCAACAGAACCAGGCAGGUCACCUGGAGUGAGAGAGGGAGCAGAAAUGAAAAGAGAGGACAAUUCAGUUAAAAGGAAGUGCCAAGAGGCUACUCAAGCCCCAUGGGCUCCUUCUGGAAAGUGGGAGAAGGCCAGCAUGGUUCUGAGAGAGAUGAGAAAGGCCAGGGCCCUGUGGGUGUUGGUGUAAAAAUCCUGCCUUGCAUUGUCCCUCUGUUCUCAGCUCCUGCCUAAUCUCAAACCCACCUUGCUUUCAGAAGAGCCCAGGCACCUGGAAGGACCUUGGAGACAGAGUGGGAGUCCUGGUUGUAGGCAUGUCUUCUGUUCCUCCCUCCUGCUAUCUGCUCUUUCAGUAACUGGUUUGAACGGAGGUGGCUCUAACAUACACAAUGUCAACUCAUGCUUUGCCUGGCUUUGCUCCUCCAGAGCUCAGAGAAGACAAUCCCCAGCCUCUCUAUGGUGCACCUGAUCAUUAGAGAAAGUGCUAUCAAGAAAGGCCUGGCUUGUGGGAUCAAAUUUACUCAGCAAAAUGUCUUCCUCUAAUUGGAACAGGGAAACAUAAUGAUGACUCUAGUGUUUGCCUGGGAGCUGUGCAGGACAAACCUUAGACUUGUCAAACUUGAAGCCAUAAUCAUGCUUCACAUGCCUCAAUGAGACACAGUCAGGCAGGCAAAUUGGCUGGAGGUAUUACAAUGGAACAAGUUGAUUUUGUUGAAUCUCCAGCAGGAAACCAGGCAAAUUUCCAAGGAUACCCUGGUUUCCUUGCCAGUACACCUGCUUCACAGGCUACUGCAGAGGCAGGACCCUGAAGGAACUGGGAGGCUCAGUUCAAGGUCAAGCUGUUGCUCUCAGGGCUUUCAGGUUCUCAACAUAUUGGGGAAUCAUUGCAAUUUUGUUUAAAAAAAGAAAACAGAACCAGGAUCACAUUGGACUCCCUCAUUUCAUGGGAAACCUUAAAAUGGGACGUUUUCAUUUAGACAGGGAACAAUUUUCUUCAAACAUUUCAGGGUUUUCCCCCAGAACGAGAAUUCUGGGUCUCCAACUGGCCUUAGCCAGAGGAUGCCAGACACCUGUUUAAUGUAACACAGAUGUCCUAGCUCUGGUGCCGUGGUAACAAAGACUAAUUACUGCAGACAUGCAGGAGGAGAUGGUAGCCAAGUGCCACAUCUUGUGAAGUCAGCUCAUUACUGCACUGGGCUUAAGUUCAGCAGCAACAACCAACCAAACGCAGCUCAAUCCUGAGCCACUCUAGCCACAAAACAGAUGACAAUCUGGCAUAGACUGAAUUGCUAUGCCGUCUGUGAUACAUGGAUGCUGAGAGAAUGGCACCAAAUGGGGCUCAACCCUGUUCUGUGCCAGGGUGACAGCUGCCUUCUUGGCUGCUCCAGUAGGGACUGAAAUGGAGGGACUCAAAGCUUCACUGGCCGCAUUACAGCUUGGCUGGGGCUGUGACUGUAAAUGGCAGGUAGGGUAGGAUGUGUGGGCAUACCUGCUAGCUGUGAAAGGCAGAUUGCCAUGCUAGCACAACUGCCAACACUGAGUCCCAUAUAGUGCACUCAAGGGCAGCUGGACUUGACAGUGCUGUGGUGGAGAGACGGUAGUUAUUAUAAUGGGCCAUGCACAGUCAGCCCUUGGGGCAUUCUUAAAACUGAGAGGAGCAGUCCCUCUCCUUUCCCAUCCAUACAGGGUACUGACUAGUCAUAGGUCUGAGUUCUCCAUAUUGCCAAGGACUGAAACAACUGUCUCCAAACUAGUCUUGCCGAGAGUCUUGUGAAAGGACUGCUUCAGUGGGAAGUUUGUCUGAGGGAGGACUGCAAGCUCUAGCUGGACAGCUCUCUACUGUAGUCUACAGCCCUGGCACAAACUCCCUGUGGGGCAGGAGCAGCUUCCCCCUGCAGCAAGGAACGGAGAUCCUGCCAGUGUUUCAUUAGUACUGUAACUGAAUGUGUGCAUUCCAGUAAUCCACGGGGACCCCAAGGGAGAUGGGGCAGGGAGGGAGCUCUCAUUAUGCCAGGCACUGCAGAGACCAUGAGCAAACCUGGCCCUUUGUGUAUCAGGUGCUGCACAGACCUUGACUGAGGGUGGCCCUCCCCUCUCUGGCAUUGUCCAAGUGUUGUUGUACAGACCCUAAGCAGAAUCAGGCCCCCCCAAAACUACCACUAAAAGACAGCUCCUGCCCAAACUUUUUCCCAGUCACACUGGCUGGAGUGGGGUAGAAUGGCUGCAGGCUCUCAUACAGCAGCACAGCAAGGGGCUGCAUCUACAGUGGAACCUGUUCCCCGAAGUGGCUCCAGUGUGCCACACCAUGCCAUAAGGGACUGUUGGGAAGUGCCACAGGGACCCCUGUCCAACUGGAUCCAACUUGGGCUGGUUUCAUGGGACAGGUUUCACUGUAUGGAACGCCCCAUUUUCCAGGAAGCUGGCUCCCAUGCAGGCUAAAAAUAGCUGGGUUGCUCUAGGCCUUAGAGUUUGGAAGGUGGAGGAAGUGACUGAGAGAGAGGGAACGAGGGAGAGAGAGAGACAGAGAAAGAAAGGAA